AAAGCGAAACGAGUGAACGGUGAUGCAGGUGUGUGUGCAAGUGUGUGAGUGCGCGUGUGAUGUACAUUACAGAAAUGCAAUUUCUGUACGUAGUUGAUCUGUAGGACUGAUGACAUUUGAGAAUAUCGCACUGAGAUGUCAAAAGUACUGAACACUGGCGUAAGCAUCGGUCACGGAACAAUGUAACCAGAUCUCUAGUUCUCUAUUGCUACCGGAUACCUGCACUUUGGGUGCACACAUGUGUCAUCCUUCACACCUGAAACACAUAUCAUUCAAUGGGUUGUGAUUAGUGUCGUAAACUUUAGUUAACAAGUUUAAAUUUUUUUUUCUCAUGCCCGUGUUAGGCUAUGUUUAGUUUUCUUGUCGGACACAGUCAUAUUUUGAACCGGGUGGUCCCACGAUGUUCCGGACGAAGUUCCGCAUCCACACGUGCCGCGUCGUCCUGCUGACGUCGCUGGUGUGGUUUCUGGUGUACGUGGCGGUCCUGACGUUCUAUUCGGACUGCUUGGGGGGGACAGGGUGGGGGUGCGGUGGGAACACGGGGGCGAAGCAGCCUGCCGCACCGGCAGAGGCCCUCCAGCUGCAACAGGGGGAGCCGCCGAGUGGGGCCAAGGGCAGGGGCAUCCUGUACGAGCAGCUGCACGACCCCAAGGAGCGGGGGACGGAGGACACGGCGAGGAAGUACAGGCCGUCGGAGCUGAAGCGGUGGAGGCCGGCCCCGUCCGUGCCGGAGCGGACGGGGCACCCCGGCGAGGUGGGCAAGGCCGUCCACAUCCCCUCCGAACAGGAGAACCUCAUGAAGGAGAAGUUCAAGCUGAACCAGUUCAACCUGCUGGCCAGCGACAUGAUAUCUCUCAACAGGUCGCUGGCGGAUGUGCGACUCAACGGGUGCAAGGCGAAACAGUACCCAAAUCUUCUUCCAACCACCUCGAUCGUGAUUGUGUUCCACAACGAGGCUUGGUCAACGCUGCUGCGGACAGUCUGGAGCGCCAUCAACAGGUCCCCACGUCCACUUCUGAAGGAGAUAAUCCUGGUCGAUGAUGCUAGUGAGCGAGAGCACCUCAAGGAGAAGCUGGAGGAGUACGUGGCGACGCUGCCCGUGCCCGUGUACGUGUACCGCACGGAGAAGCGCUCGGGGCUGAUACGCGCCCGUCUGCUGGGGGCCAAGCACGUCAAGGGCCAGGUCAUCACCUUCCUGGACGCACACUGCGAGUGCACGGAGGGCUGGCUCGAGCCCUUGCUGGCCAGGAUCGCCGAGAACAGGAAAACUGUGGUGUGCCCCAUCAUCGAUGUAAUAUCGGACGAGACGUUUGAAUACAUCACAGCUUCGGACAUGACGUGGGGCGGAUUCAACUGGCGACUUAACUUCCGAUGGUAUAGAGUGCCUCAGAGGGAAAUGGACAGACGUGGAGGUGACAGAACUGCACCUCUCCGCACUCCAACGAUGGCCGGAGGUCUGUUUUCCAUAGACAGAGACUAUUUUUAUGAACUCGGUUCUUACGACCAAGGAAUGGACAUAUGGGGCGGAGAGAACUUAGAGAUGUCCUUUCGGGUGUGGCAGUGCGGGGGCAUUUUGGAGAUCAUUCCGUGCUCCCACGUGGGCCACGUGUUCCGCGACAAGUCCCCGUACACGUUCCCCGGUGGGGUGUCAAAGAUAGUUUUGCACAACGCGGCGCGUGUUGCCGAGGUGUGGAUGGACGAGUGGCGGGAGUUCUAUUAUUUAAUGAACCCAGGAGCAAGAAGCGUUGAUGUAGGAGACGUGUCUGAACGUAAGGAACUCCGUAAAAAGCUUCAGUGCAAAAGCUUCCGCUGGUACUUGGAAAAUAUCUAUCCAGAAUCGCAGAUGCCGUUGGAUUACUUUUAUCUGGGAGAUGUGAGAAAUGCAGAAACUCAGAAUUGUCUUGACACGAUGGGCAGGAAAGGUGGUGAGAAUCUGGGAAUGAGUUACUGCCACGGCCUGGGUGGAAACCAGGUGUUUGCAUACACGAAGCGACAGCAGAUCAUGUCGGACGACAACUGCCUGGACGCGUCCAGUCCGGAAGGCCCGGUCAAGCUGGUGAGGUGUCACGGCAUGGGAGGCAACCAAGCCUGGACAUACAACAACCAGGACCGCACCAUCAAGCACGUGAACACGGGCCACUGCCUGCAGAAGCCGGACGCGCGCGACAUGUCUCUCCCGCUGCUGCGGCCGUGCGACGGCAGCCUCGGCCAGGAGUGGGUCAUGAAGAGGAAGUUCGUGUGGCAGGCCAGCUAAUUGCUGGCCGUGCUCAGGGACGCUUGCGUUCCCGACGCUCGGCGCGGGACGGUCUCGCGGGACUGUUACUUCCUCGUGCUCUUGCAGUGAGCCACGCCCAUGGACGUGCGGGACUUGCGGUGUCUGUGGGGCCGGAACCGGGGGCGGUCGUCGACUUUGCGGGAAAGGAAAAAUGUGGAAACUUUCUUUUCGCGAUGACAUUUUUUAACACAGGCAUUGUGCAAUCUGAAAUAAUUCACAAACAUAUCAUUAUUGACUACUAAAGGUUAAUUCAUGUAUGUUAUAACAUGAACUAGGCAUUAGAAGGCUGUGGUGUUAGUGAAACUCUUGAGAGUUGCUCAGGUUAUAAGUCUCCAUAGAAUAAUGUUUUUGAAUGAAUUUAAUUAUUUGUUUAAGAUCAUUUCGUGGAUGUGUUCAGCUUACGUGAAUGAGUGGAGAAACUACCUAAAUUAUUAACCUGGCUGAAAUUUUUAACUAUUCGGUCAUUGACCUUGCAUGUAAAAUGCACAGAAAUAUUGAAAAUGACUGGAUAUAUUAUUUUUAUUGGGGCUAAUGAAAUGCACAAACAUACCUUUAUAAUGUACUUAACCUAUAAUACCACUUCACCAGAGGUGUUUUUGCAAGUAAAACUAUUUAGCUCAGGUAAAGUGCCAUCAGUUUUAUUGAAGUCCAUUUUUGUUUUAAAUAUAUAUCAGUUUUGUACAAAAUAAUUUCUGAAAUUCCUUUAGAAGGUCAGAUACAUUUUAAAUAUUUUAAGUGAAUUUGUUUAAAAAGUACAAUGCUUAAAAAUAUUUCAUCCUAGAAAAUAGAUGGGACUGGGGCUGUUUUGAUCUUUUGUUUUCUAAUUAAUCAACCCUCUAUUGAUGUAUAUUGAUAAUUAGUAUUUAUUGUUUUAUUUCUUUAACUUACACAAUUGAAUAUCAUCUUAUUUUUACCACGCUUUUAUUAGCUUGACCUGUAUGUAUGAAUGACUCGACUAUGUAAUAAAAUCUUUCCAUUCAACUUUCACCCCACUUUUCAACAUCUGAAUGUGUUGAAAUUUUGUACACAUAUAAAGAACCUCUGGCAAUACAAAAUUUUGAUAACUUAAGACCUUAGUGUUAAGGGGGAAUGGGGGGUGGGGGGUGUCAGAGGGUCAAAAAAACCUAACUUCAAGCUAGGGGUAAUUGCCAUGCUUUUUGUGUAUCCAUGAGGUCGGAGCAUGGUGCGAAUUUGCCCCGGGGUAGACUGUGCCCCGUGGAGGGGGAGUUAAAAGACCCAAAAUUUGGAACAUUUUGUAAAUCAAUGCUUUUUUAAUUUGGAGUGUUUCCGGUCCAAAAGGUUGGGUCAUGUGGCUCAUUAAUUCCAGGGGGGCCCGUGCCCCCUUGGCCUCACGGGAUCUAUGCCCAGGGGGUGCUUGAUAUCAUUUGUCUUAAAUUUUCUAUCACUUAUUUUAGGAUAUAGUCAUUAUGAAAAUGAAAGAAGAAAGCACCCCACGUUUUUAGUUAUACAGAGUUGUGGUGCAUUACUUGGCUGUUUUUUAUUUUUAGUUAAUUCAAUUAAUUUUUUUUUUAUUAUUCUUUAAAGUGUUUAAUGUAGAACAUGCACUACAUAUGUAUGAAAAUGGGGUAUCUUCAUGUUUUUAACUACCAAUAGCAGAAAAAUUUAUAUUGUAUUUACCAGCAGUUUACAGCAAAAAAAAAUGGUUUUAAGUAUAUAUUAGUAUGGAAUUUCUUUCAAGAGAUUUUACUCAAUACUGAAAUUAUAAAACAGUGAACAAGGGAGAUAAUUGGUAAUGUUGACAAAAAUGCAUGUUAUUUAUUUCAUAAGUGAAGCUAAACUCUUUGGUGCCUGAUGAAUGGAACAGAUGUAAGUUCCCGAAACAUUACAACUGUUUUCUCAUAGGAAGCCUUUUGCUUUCAUCAACACCUGUUUAGUAUCAUUGUUGGGUUCGUCUGUUCAUGGUGUUUUCCAAGGUGGUCGUCUGAUUGCACUUACUGUGUUUGUUAAAACUGUCUCGUCGUUAGCUCACUGUUCAUCUGUACCCAACGAUGAUAUUAAAUGAAUAAUCUGUAUGUGACAAUGUGCAGAUGAAGCCAGUGAUGUGACUAAACAAAUAUCUUAGACGACAUUACAGUGACUGCACAGACACACACAGAGUAGGCUUCCUAAGUGAUGGCACAGACACACACAGUAAGAAGCUUCCUAAGACAAAAAUCGGUUGCGACGAGGUACAUAACGUUACGUCGCACUGCGCGGUGCAUUUUCUGGUUCGUCACAACUCAGGACACAGUAAAAGGUGGAAGCAGUAUCAGCACAAACCCAGUGUCCUGUAUCUCAAAAAAAAAUUGUGUUUUGCAAAGUAUUGGUAGUUAUAUUUUUGGGGGUACCACAGAUGAUCGUGACAUCUGGGUAGUGAUUUUCCUAAAAAUAAAUUUAACUUUGUUCGGAAAAAACUGAAAGAAUACAAGGGCAAGUUUGUAACCAUCAUGGUUUAGCCUCAUUGUUGUUAGAGUCAGUUAGGAUUCGUUUUGAUGUACGUAUUUAUUUUGGCUUGAUUUUACAUGGAAAAAUUAAGGCAUAUGCCUCUUUGGUUUAUGGAUUAUGGUGAAUAUGUACUUCGCUAGGCACAUGUAUGCCUGUCAGGCCCAACCAGUCCCAAGUCCUAUAAGUGUUUCUUAAUGUUGUGUGAGGUAAUAUUUCUAGCCAGUAAGUCAUGAUUAUGUUUUUAUUUAUUUAUUUUUAAUGAUUUGUUGUACAGUUUGACAAAUUUUAAUGGAUGAUAAAACCUGAUGACAUUAAUCUGUUUGUGGAAGGGAAAAAAAUUGGAGACUUCAUUUUUACAUGACUGUGCAAUAAUUUUUAUAAAUUCUAUACUAAAAUUAGGUGGUAUGUGAAAAGUAUAACCCUGUUAUAACAUCUCUUCUUGUUCAUAGUUUCCCUUUUAAUAAGCUACUUUAUCUUAUGUUCUAGCAUAUUUAUAACUAGUAAUUUUUUGUCUACAAUUAUCACUCAUAUACUUACAGUUGUUCACAUCAGAGAUGUUAUAAAAGGGAUCCACUUUAAUAAGUAGGCUUUGUAGCAGUAGUACCCAAGUACCUUUACAUUUGUUGAAGUAUUGUAUCUGCUGAUUAAAAAAAGGAAUUUUUUACUGCUGAUGUGAUGGUAAAUUAAGGUAACAAAUGUUUGAUAAACAUUGCAGCAGUACCUUAAUGUAAAUAUUUUAUACAAAUGUUAGCUAUCAACUCACCUGUUAUCAAUUAAAAACCUUAAGCUACUCACUAUUUAAAGGUGUUGGGAGCGAAGUGUAGUGCUUAUAGUAGUCAUUAGUGGUUCGGAUAUGAUAGUGUGGGUGUGAUCAAUUCUUAUAAUUUUGAUUUAUUUUUUUACUGUAACAUAAUUUAACUUAUGAUAUAUUUAUUUAUAUCUUUGUGUAAUAUUAAUAUAUUUUAUAUAAUGAGUUAUAACUGUUGAUAUUUGAAAACAAGGGUAUUUGUUUGUAACGGCAAGUUACAGUAUUAUUAAAGACGCACAUUUUGGCACAAUAUGAUCUGAAAGUCGCUAAAUUUUAUUUUCAGUAAUUUUAUGGAAUUGUUAAUAUGGCACUUGUGGAGCUGAGUUUUUAAAUGAUUUACUGAUAUGACUGAAAUGUUAGUAUACUUUUUUCCAACUGUCUUUUAGACUUAAGUUUGUGGUUUGAGAAUGCAUAACAAGACAUUUUAAAGAUGACUUAUCUUUUUAAUACAUUUAGGUUAUUCAUACUUAUUUAGGUAAACUUACGUACCAUAUCACUUACUUAGUCUUAGUUAUGUUACACUGUCAUUGGCAGUAUGUACCUACUACUUGUCCCAUCACAUUUUCUAUUUAUGAAAAAAAUAUUAAUAUUAGCUCAAUUGUUUAAUAUUUGAUUUUCAUUCUUUUUUUAGUCUUUAGAGUUUUAAUAGGAAAAUUAUUCGAUCUUCUUAAAAGGCUUCAGAAAGAGGUAUGGGAUGUACACGCUUAUACCAUAUAACUGAUUUUUUUUUUUUAGAUAAGUUCUCACUUUUUUAUUUAAUAUAAAUAUAUAUCAGUUGCAGAAGAAAUAUUUCACUGUGAAUUACAAAUAUUAUUGUGUAAUGCAGUUGAUUGUAUAGUCUCUUCAUUAUUCUUGAUUGCUUUAGUGGAUGUUUUGUUACAAACAGUAGUCAUAGCAAGGUUACAAAUUGUGAGUAUUAUGAAAGUUGUAUUACUGCAUUUGGUUUUUUUUGUGAAGUAGUGUGUGUUCCCAAUCUCUAUAAUUGCCACUUUUAAAGUUAAAUUGUUGUUUAUGUGGAUAUCUGUCAUUUUAGUGUAUGUUUUUUUCAAAAAAGACAUAUCUGUAUGUUACUAAAAUGUAAUGUAUCAUUUAUGAAGUCAACAAAGCCUGCGUUAUUUUUUUUUUUUUGCAAAACUAAUAAAAAUACUGAUAUUUAGGUUUCUCCAGCAUGCUGGAAGUAACAACAUACACUCAUUUAAUUACAAGAUCUUGAUUUUCUACUUAUUUUGGAAUACUUAGCGAAGACAAUGUACUGGGAUUAUGAAUUUGUUCCAGCCCUAUUCAUUUGUUCAUUCAAUUGAUUUUUUUUGUGAACCUGAUUAUUACAAACUUUUUGGAGAUAUUAGGGCACAGUUUGUAGCACUAAGGUUUUGGUUAGUGAAGCCCACAUGUAAAAAUUUUUUUCCCCUUUCUUACUUUUUGGGUGUUAGUUUUGGUAUCAGUAUUAAAAAUAAAUUUUUUAAACAUUUUUUUUUUUUGUUUUGCUAGUAAAAUUUUUAAUGUUCAGAUUAGUGAUGUGUCCGCUUUUUUUCUAGUUCUAGGUUCGGUUCCUAUUUUUAAAAAAAUUGGUUCUCGCUUCUUGGUUCUCUGUUCUCAGUUUUAGGUUAACCUCCACACAAUUUCAAGUCACGCCAAUGAUACAGUAUGUCCUAAUAAAUGGUGUGUUCCACAUUAGCAUUGUCCGACCACAAACAAACAGGUAGUACAUUGCUUCACGUCUCACUAGAUGGCUGGAGCAGCACUGUACCGACCUGUGGCACAGCAUUAUCUAGUAAUAUGUAUUAACAUUUUUUCCCUGGGUCGGUAUUUAGUUUAGGCGCACUAAUAAAAAAAUUGAGAACAAUUACAAUAAUAAUUAAAAACUAAUACUGCAGAGGCAACUCACCAAAGCAAUUACAAAUUACUUAUGUUUUAAAAUGGGCAAGGGAGAGAACCCCCCAAGUUAACAGAGGUCUGUUAAAAAGUAUACUAACACAUUAUGUAUGUUGGUUGAGUUAUAAGCGACAGAGGGCUGCAAAAGCGGUAGGAAAUACCUACAGUUAAUGAGUAUUAAAUAAUUUUAAAUCAUGGUAGUUUAUUUUUAAGCUAAGUUUUAAAAGUAUAAUGUGUCUGUGUUAUUUUUUCGAAGGUCUUCUUUGAGGUGAAAUAAUCAUCUCUGUCUUAGUGAAAAGAGGGACAAAAAAAGGUCAAACACUUCUUUCUGCUGACAUUAUCUUUCCAUCGGGGUGGGCUAGCGCAAGGGGCUGUAGGAAAGGAAGGGAAGGUUAGGGGAGACUAUGCCUUUGUUGUCACCAGCAAUUUUCAAAGAUUUACGAACCUUUACUUUCAUUUGUCACAUGGGGCUUCAAGUGAAAUUAGAAAGACAUGUCUGGGGAAAGGUUUAGCUCUAAAGCUUUCCAUGGUACCGAUGGUGCCGGUUAAUCUACUGAGAAUCAGUGAAACCGAGAACCGGGACGGACACAUCACUAGUUUAGGUGUUUACAUGAUUAUUUAUAGGAGUGGUGGCAUUUGAGAGAGCAAUUUGCCCAUCCUAAAAAAUUUUGAUUAUCAAUAUGAGGCAUUUAAACUUUUUUUUUCCUAAUAUGCAGUAGUGGAAUGGAAGCCAUAUUACAGUUUUUUUUCUCACCUUUGCUCUCUUUAGGCUUGACCAAUAUCUGUCUUUUCUGGCUCACCAUCCUCCAAGGCUCUUUGUCCAUCUCAGGGCUGGGUUACAGCAAAAUGGACUCUGAGAGUUUAUAAUUAGUGUUAGAAACUGUUAAUCAACUCUCUUUGGGAUUAAUUUUUUGUUGUGAGCUUCGCACUUUAAAAGUGUGGUGUAUCUUACGAGGGACGGCACAGUACGUCCGCAAGCAGACUCAGCAGUUUGAAGAGCAUUACACACAAGUUUAUUUAUUACUGCUGAUUUUAACAUAAAAAUAUGUGAGUUUUGUGUAUAGAAUAAUUUGUAAUCCAACUGCUUAUGAUUAGUUUAUGUAUGUUUGGUAAGGACUUAAGGCUGUAUGUUUAUCCAUAAUAAACAUUUUAAGUUAAGUUUUAGAUGCCAAAUAACUACACUGCCAGAUCAGGGAAGUACAAAAAAUUAAGAAUUACUAACAUUUGCCUCUCGAUUUAGCAUGAUUAUUAUAAAAUACUAUUUGUUAUCUGAUUUCUCACCAACCUGCACUGUGUAGUCGAAUGGUAAAUUUUUCUUUUCCCUGACAACGUGAAAAAAUAACAAAACUGAAGGACUGGUGACAAAAGUAGAGUCCCGAAUUAAACAGUAACAAUGCUGGAAGACAAGAAAAUUUAAUUUUCACAUCCUUUUGCUAACUUUAUGAAUGUGGUAUUUUGAUGUCAAUUCAGUUUAUAGUUGCACCUUGAAUUUAAAAGUUAAGAGACAGUACCUGUAAAUAAUGUGGAAACCAUAUCUAAAAAUGUUUCAGCUUUCAAAUAUAUAAAUCAUUCUACAAAUAAUAUAUCAAUUUUGCAUUACUAUAGCUCAUUUUUAAAUUUGUGUAUUUUACAUUUAAAAAUAUUCACUUUGUGAUUUAAAAAGUAGGAAAGUUUUAUUAUAAGUUCCUGAAAGAGCCCUGAAAUUUGUUUAGCAAUUAUUUGUAAAUGCCCUGACUGUUUAUCAUGGUGCAGCUUAUAUAGUCUUUCUCUCCUAAUUCCCUUUGGAGAUGUUUGUCAUGUCGUACGAAGAGACAAGUGACCUGAGAGCAUUUUUUUUUUUGUAGAAGUGAAGAGCAGAUGUUUUCAAGGUCAUUCCAUGAACCAUAUAGCAUGAAACCUUCCUGUUUGCAUUUUAAAAACCCUGCUGAGUUGUGUGCACAUGCACAUAGGGUCAUCAAGGAUAUAUAACCAGUGAGAUUUCUGAUUCUCCUUAUUUCCUCUCCCAAGCACCACUAAAAUGUAUCCACAUGUGAAGUAACUUUGACUUGGCAUGCCAGAUGUAAACUGUAAUCAUUUAGCAAACUAUUAUUUUAUUUAAGAUUCUGUGUUUAUUUGAAUAGAUGCUAAAAACAGCAAUAAAACACUUAUUUUUUUUUACAAAUUAUACUGUUCAUUGGAUUAAUUUGUCAUUAACCAACGUUAAACUAUGAUGUGGUGCAGUUCGUUUGGGGUUCGUUUUGAUAGAGGCUUAAUUUUAUAUAAAUAUAAACAUAAAUGUGGGGCCUGGGCCCUGGGACUUAGUAGACCAAAAAUUACAAAUAUAUUGCUAAUAUAAUUUGCAGGAAAUCUUACAAGUUAUGUGAUAUGUUAAAGUUACGUUUACAGUUAUGGUCACCAUAAUGCUUAGUCUCCUUAUUUUUAAUCAUAUUAUGUUAUUUUUCCCUUCUUCUUCCCAAAAGUUGUACAUUACGUAAUGGAGAGGGGGCCAGACACAAUCAUUGGCCCUUGGGUCACUGGUUUCUCUUGACGGCCCUGUGUGCACGCACACCGACUUUCCUUGGAAAGUCAGUGCCCAUGUGAUUUAAAGUAAAUCACAGUCUCUGAGGUUCAGUAGGUGCAAGCCUCUGUGAAUACCCGUGACUUGAUUGAGAGUGACAUUUCAAACAUAUUCCUUUUUGGCUUUCAAGUGUGCAUGUGCUCCGAAAUAUAUUCAGUUUUCCGUGGUUGUGAUUUCGUUUUUACUACCUGAAAUAUGUACAUACGUAUUGGUGUGUUUUGAGUUCCGCCAAAGUUUGGUUGAAAUCCUCCUCCAGAAUUUUUGCUUCUCACUUUUGUAUUGAUAGAUUGCAAGUCUUCCAUACAAAUCGUACAUUGUUAAUACAAUCUGCCUGAAAAUAUGCUGUUUAUUAUUAUGUAUACAUAUUUAAAUAUUUAAAUGAAUACAUUAAAAAACUAAAUGCAGUCAUUUUGUACUAACAAAUUAGCUAUCUGUUGUGGUUUAUCUUCCGAACUUGUUACUAAAAUCUGAAGAUUAUGGAGGUCUAUAAAUGUUGAAAGUUUUUCAUGAGAUAGAAGUUGGGUAGAAUUUUUUUUAUUUGUAGGAUAAAUAUGUACACAUUUUUUGUAAUGAGGUUUUUACAAAAUCUAAUUUCAUUCUAAUAAUGAAACAAAAUAAUUUAUUAUUACAAGCACAUGGCUAUUCAAGAAAAAAUGCAUCAGAAAAUACCAUCUGUAAAAUUAAAUUAUUGGUAUCUGAGUGUUCGUGUGCUGACAGAUUUUUUCCUUGUUUGUUAAUUAAUUUUAUGAUCUGCCUUCAUGGUGGUAAACGUUUAAGGAAAAUAAUUAACCUCCAACAGUAUUGUAUUGACAUUCUUAUUUUAUUUGUACAUGUGGAGGAUUAGCUGUGUUUGUGAUUCUUUCUCUUGUUUUGACCUUUCUGUGACUAUUCUUCCUAAAGGGUGGUUGUGCCUUCAUCUCUUGUCCAACUUGGUAAAAAGUUUCUAUUGUUUGAGCUUAAAUAAGAAGACCAUGAAAUUUGUCAAAGAAGACUUUACUCACUUUACUGGGUGUCUACAGGUCACGAAAGUAAUGAAAAGUAAGGAAAUUGGACGACUGGUCACACAAAAGUUUCGAAAUAAACAGUAAUGUUGCUGGAAGUCGAAAAAAUUUAGAUCUCCAGCUUUCUUUGGAUAGCUUUUAUUUUGUUUUUUGGAUGCUUCCCUCAGUUUAUAGUUGCAUAUUAAAUAUAAAUACAGUAUAACCCUGUUAUGUUUCUCAAGGGGCCAAAGGGGAAGGGGAAAAAAACAGGAAAACAUAAUAAGCAGGAAAUAAAACUCAGCACUUAUCACUGUUUGAAUUUUUUACCAAUGAACUCAUCAAGCUAGAUAAACAAAUGUUAUGUUAAAACCACUGAAUGCUCAAAUUUGUGUAUCCAAGUCAAAUAAUUUUUAUUAAACUUCUAGAAUUUUAGAAAAACAAAUAUUAUAAGCAGGAUACAAUUAUUUGUGAAACACGAUACUCUGGUGUAAAUACAUUGUCCUUAAGGGAAAAAUGUUGGGACUUAAAAAAUAUGACGUUAUAGAAAAGCAGGAAAACAUUAUAGGCAGGAACAUUAUAGUAACAGGGUUCUACUGUAGUUUAAGACAGCCCACUUAAAUAAUGUGGAAAUUAUCUCUGAAAAGAUUUUAGCUUCCUAAGAUAGAAAUUGGUACUGUCCUGCAAAUUGUGUAUCUAUUUUGUAUUAUUUUUUAUUUUAUGUAUAGAUCUCUAAAAGUCUUGAGAUUGGUUGACCUGUAAUUUGUAGACAUCCUGUUUACACAAGUACAGUAAAUUUUUACAAGAAAUUGUGACAGACAACAUAACCUUCUGGGUAUUGUAAGGUAACAAGUAAAAUGAAAAGUUUUGUUGAACCUGGAGAGACUGUAAUUUGGAAAAUAUUCUGAAUUUCUGGCAUGUGGUUGGUGGAAUAUCAUGUUGGAUAUUUUCAGUAUUCCUUGCUGUGCUAUUGGGUUCAUUGAAAAUUGGUCAGUUGCAAUCACAUAGAUGUAAAUUUUUUUAGUGCACGUGAUGGUUUCUGUGCUAAUUCAUGUUAUAAAUUCUUGCAUUAAAAGCUUCACUAAUUUUGAAGGAAUAUUUCUUAGUUUGGCUUUUCCAGUAAAUUUUCAUUUCUCUUACUAAAAUAGCUUGCCUCAUUUGGACAUUUUGACAAAGGAUGUCUGCGCGCACACACACACACACACACACACACACACACACACACACACACACACACACAUUAAUUUUCUGCAAUGUAUCUUUAAAAAAAAAUUUAAUGCAUGUAAAUUAGUGUUUUCUCUACCUCAAUGCCACACAGUUGUUGUUCAAUUAAAAAAGCAGAUGUUCAUUUGUUUCAUUGUCUCUUGGUAGUAUUGUGCUCUUUUAAUCAACUUUUUUAUUUGCUUAACAGAUUUCUGUUUCCAUAUGCCAUAUUUCUGUGAAGUGUUACAGUUUCAAAUGUGUUGCUGUAUUUCUGAUGGCUUUUAUUAUUUAAAGAACAUUAGUUUUUUGAUGUGUAACAUCUUUCUCUGUAUACGGCAUUUGGUGGAGGUAAUUUCGUGAAUGUGACUAAAGUCAAGGAACGGAAAUGUGUAACCACCACGGUGCUGCCAUCUGUGCCAGUUAGUGUGAACCAAAGUUCACAAAUACAAAGGGAAACUGUAGUAGUGACUGUUAAAUGAAUACUAACAAGAAAGGUAGUAUGUUAAUACAGUGUCGAAAAUUAGGUCGAAAACUAGGGUUCAGUAUUUUUUUCAAGUCUUUUUUGCUUUUUCGUAGCCGUUUCACUAUAUAGUUUAAAAUUUCUGUGUGCUAAACAAAUGAUUCAAUAUUCAAUGUUGCCGCUCCAGCAACAAAUUCUAGUGGCGGAUGCGGAAACUAUGUGUGAUUUGCGUCAAGAAACGUAGUUGAGAACACAACUUGCAUAUAUUUAUCACGCUCCACAUUAUUUUAAAGAAUUCUACAUUAAAUUUUGUGUUACAGAGUUUUUUGUUAUAUGUGUAUUUGCAACAACGCAACAAAUUAGUUUGCUGCUUGUUUCCGAGGUUAGAUGUUUACACAUCACUGUACUAAAAGAUUUGCUCACUUUUUUUUUAUUGACUUGAAUGUCUCCUUAUGAGUACAACGCUUUAAUCCUAUUUUGUUUUCAAAGGUGAUGGGAUAGCUGUUGUUUCAGAAAUGUUUAUUUUAUUGUAACAGUCUCAUGUUCAAGAUUAUUGUGACAUUCCAUUUAUGUAUAGAAUUGUGAUGGUGAAAUAUUUUUUUUUUUGUGCUUUUGUGGGAAUCUAACAAAGUAAAUUAUAUUGUUUCUGUG